UACAGACGCUUUCCCAGCUUCCGGAAAUGCGUGGCUGGGAGGAAAAAUGGCGUAUAGCCCACUGCAUAUGCCUCUUAUAUGUGUGGCAUCAACGAAUUCGUUUAGCCCGUUCUUUUUGUCUAUUUUCGUCGCUUUUGCAGGAUUACAAACAAUACAAUCUGAAGAUGAGUUCAGUGCGAGCCGCACGGCUUCAGUGUCAAUUUCUGCAGCAAGGGAUCUUCGGUACCUUUUAUAUGACGUAAACCCACCUGAAGGGUUUAAUUUGCGAAGAGAUGUCUACAUCCGCAUGGCCUCACUGGUCAAGACUUUGAGGAAAGAGGGGGAUGACUGGGUAUUGGUCCUCCCCCCUUGGGGUCGACUCUAUCACUGGCAAAGUCCUGAUAUCCACCAGAUUCGUAUCCCAUGGGGAGAGUUCUUCAGCCUGACCAGCCUGCAAGCCAACGUACCUGUUAUUGAGUAUGAGGAAUUUAUUGCUGAAAAUGGAGGCCCUUUCAUAGACCAGGUGCUUGUGCUACAGAACUAUGCCGAGGGAUGGACUGAUGGAAAAUGGGAGGAAAAAGUUGAUGAGCGUUCAUGCAUUGAGAAGCUACUGUACACCAAAGAUAAACAGGGCUACUACAGGGGCUGGUUUUGGGGCUAUGAAGAAACAAGGGCUCGAAAUGUGACAUGUUUAUCAGCUCAAGGCCAUGCAUCCAUCAUGGCCCCAGUUCUUCAGAAAAACUUCACAGCAGUCUCAGUCAUGCUUGACAGAGCAGAGACUCUCCUACAUGAUCACUAUGCUGGAAAAGACUACUGGAAUACCCGGCGCAGCAUGGUUUUUGCCAAGCACCUGCGUCUCAUAGGGGAUGAUUUCAGAGCAAAAUAUCUGAACUCCACAGAUGACACAGACCGCACACUAUAUAAUGAAGACUGGACCCACAUGAAAUCCAAGCCUGGCUCUGCUAUCGGAGGUCCAUAUAUUGGGGUUCAUCUUCGCAGGAAGGACUUCAUCUGGGGUCACAGAGAUGAUGUGCCCAGCCUGAAAGGGGCAGCCAAAAAGAUACGCAGUAUGAUGAAGAAAUACAAACUUCAGACACUGUUUGUUGCAACUGAUGCGGACGGAGAAGAACUGAGAGAGCUGAAAAGAUUGUUGCCAGACAUGGUGCGGUUUGAGCCAUCCAAAGAGGAUCUGGAGCUGCUCAGAGAUGGAGGAGUGGCUAUUAUUGACCAGUGGAUAUGUGCUCAUGCAAGGUUCUUCAUCGGGACAUCCGUUUCCACCUUCUCUUUUCGGAUUCACGAAGAAAGAGAAAUCCUGGGGUUUGAUCCCAAAGCCACGUACAAUCGAUUCUGUGGAGACUCUGAGAAAAAAUGUGAACAGCCCACACACUGGAAAAUUGUUUAUUAACUUUACCUCCGCCUCUUCUAAAGCACAAGUGCCAAAAGCAGUAUUACGACUGACGGAUUUAUAAAAAAAGAUCUGUUUGGUUAUUUUCCAUGGUUUCAGUGUUAGAUGGCCACUGUGUUUGAACUCUGUGCUCAAAAGGCUCAAGCUCUGCUGCUCAACAGUGUAGGCUUCAGAAAUGUAAUUUGUAUAUAGUUUUAUUUAGAUUGAUGGUCUGUGAAUCUUUCAUAAAAGGGUAUUGUAUUUCAUGCAUUAUAUUUCUAACUCACAUGUGGUGUGAAUUAUGUUAAGUGGAGACUGACACUAGUGUAUGACUAUUUGAUUUAGAUUUGUUAUUAUCAAAAAUGUUUUUUACUGUUUUAAGAUUUAUGAAGUAUUUUAAGAAUAAUGUAUAUUAAAAAAAAUCAAAAGCACAUCAAGAGGAAGGAACCAAAGCUUGCUAGGUGUAAAGGUCUACCAUCCAAUGAAGAUUUGUUUACAGAAAGUGUACGCAGAACUGAAAUUCAUUUUUUAUUAAAUGAUUAAAGAUUUGAUAUUAUGCUUUUUUUCUAGGCACAUAGUUAAAUUUUAGACAUGUUAUCUUCAUUUAUAAUUUUUUUAAAUGAAAAAAUGUUGUAUAAAUCCUGACAUCAUCAUUAUAUAUAUGACAGGACGUCAUCACAGAAAUACUGAGAAGUAGUUCAUAAGAUGAGCUUGAUACAUGUGUACUUCUGCCAGGUGAUUGCUAAUUGCUGCUACUGCUAGUCUGAGGACUGAGGGGGACAGGGACCGGGGAAGCUUGGCUUGAGACUCCUGCUUCAAGAGGAACUUUGUGGAAAUAGACGGUUCUUUGUGAGAGCAAGCGCCUAACCACCGCUGAAUGGCUGCCAUCAUAGACAUGACAAAAGAUUCAAGGAUUUCUCAGAAAUGCAUAAAGAAUCAAAGCAGCUCUGUUCUUGAUGAGGGAAUAACAUAUAUAAACCUCAAAAACAUUGAUUUUAUGUAAUAUCUCUAUUUUAAAGGUCAGUCUGAAUCCUCAUCUGCAGUCUUAGAAAAYGACCCUCUUACAUAAGGUGUUUUAACUACACCUUCACUUUUUAACUACACCUUCACCUUUAUGUUUGUGGCUAUGAACACCACAUGAUAUUAGCAGGACUGAAAGAAAGCUCCAUAGUUAUCUUGGUGACGAGGUCUCAAYCUUUUACAAAGCAAUGGCCAUAUGUCACCUAUAACCCUGUAAGGCCCAACAGUGAAGCUUUCUGUUGCUCRUGUUGUAGCUAGGCUGCUGUAGCCUCUGCUGAUAAAUGGAAAGAAUGUGUUUGUUGUUCGGCCUGCUUGACUGCUCCUUUUUCUGGAACUUCCUUUGACAUAAAGUAAAAGCUUAGUGCAARCAUUCUCAUAGUUAUGCGUUUUUGUAUAAGGAAAUGUGAAACUUAAACAAAUUUUUCCAUUCAGCUUUUUAUUCUGAUCUUACCCUUAGUCUUUGUAUUAUKGUGGACUCUUAUUCUAARACAGCUUUCAUCAUUUACUAGACAGGGGAAUUGCUGGGAAGGAAAAAAAGUCUCAGUUUUUCCCUCAUGACUUAUCCCAGUGGAUUCUCCUAGUUUACAGUGUAACUAAUCCCAGUGGAGAAUCAUACCUUCUCAACAACAGCGUAGUGUGUAUUUGAUGCUGCCACCCUACCCUAUAGCUCCAAGACUACGUUGUGGCAGCCUGGUUAAAUCCAGCCCCUAUUUGCUUCAUACAGAGGGUCUUCGCUCUUGGCUGUUGAGAAGCGAUUGCAGAUAUCAUGUGCCAGUUUGAUCUUCAGAAGUUUAACGAAAAUUGUCUGCAGUGUAAACARCUGUCCUCCAUUGCAAARAGAGAAGCAUGGCCAACACAAACUGAACCAUUCCGUUCACUUCCUCCGCUGCUGUGGCUGAAACUACAGGCGGACUACAAUAAUAAAAACAGCACAGAAAAUUCAUGUAAUUGUUCACAACUUCUCCUUCUGUUCGCUAAUUAGCCUCAUAAAUAAAAUCUACCGGAGACAAUCCAAGUCAAGGGGAGAAAGCUCAGAAUGUGCUGCAAGUGAGAAUUUUUUUUCAAGUGGAAUUGCACAGGAAGGCAAUGGCCUUGCUAACGUUGAUAUAGUUAAAGACAUCUUUCUCUUGAUGAAAGAUGUCUCUGUGGUAUCAAUUCCCAGAUUAUUUAAGCAAGAAGUGAUUAUGAGCAGGUUCCAAGUCGUGUUGGCAAAUUAAAUAAGCAUCUCCRUAAAGCAACCUGUACUGGCUUUUAUCACAGCCAACACCAGCAAUUAACAUGACUUCACAAAUCAUUUCUAAAGACUAUGGAAAUUUAUUCUUGUACCUCAAGUAAAUUAAUUAUGUGGCUACAAAUAUUCAGUUUCUGCAUUAAAAAUAUUUUGGCAUUUAAAAAUGUAUUUUACAUGAAACCACUUAUUUUUUCUGAGAAAAAAUUUAAACCGUUUUUUCAAGUGGAUUUCCAAACCUAAGAAUUUGGCUUACUUUUUUUGGAAUAUAAUCGUGUUCAAUUUGAAUAUUCAUUCUGGUGAAGUUGGAUUAACAUGUUAAAGAUACCGUUUGAAAAUGACAACCUAUGUGCAGAUGUAAAGCAUWCUUUUCAUCAAGCCCUCAUUCCUGUUUUAAAACAGAUUUUGUKACGUCUAUGAUGUAAUAUUCUAAUCUAAAAUGYCAAGUUUUCAUUAGCUGUAAGUUAAGGCUCGUCAUAGUGAACAGAAAUAAAGGCUUAGUGAAUUAAGUYACUGACAAAAAUGUGCCUCUUAAUAACAUUCUAAUUAAUAUGACUGCAUUUAUUUAUUUACUUUGAUAUACCAUCUUAAUUCUUCAAAAGUCUGUUCGCUGUUAAGACAAGUUAAUUAUUGUUAAAAAAUAACUGAGUAUAGUUACACCGUGCUUUACUGUAUCUGUGACACCUUUUAACCCUCACAUAAUGAUAUCAGCAUAAAAAACCGGUCUAUCUACCUUAAUGAUGGAUGACAUCUUGAUAUUUUUGCAAAGCAAAGGUGUCACAUGUCCCUCGUAACCCCACAAGGCCCAACCCAGAGUCUUUCAUUUGCUCACGUUGUUACAGAAGAACUGCAAUGGAAAGAAUGUCUUUGUUGCUCAGCUUGCUUGACAGCUGCUCUUUUACCAGGCUUAGAUAAAACUUCAGAGCAGCGCCAUGCGGUUAUACAACGUCUGUAUAAGGAAAAGUGGUUCAACUUAAAUUACAUGCKUUUCAUUUUGUUUUUCUUUUGUCUGAAAUCCUGCCCCUUUUCUAUACAUAGCUGGCUGCUGCAUUUCUAAAUGCUUUCUUCCUUUYGUCAGUCACUUUACAAUGAUUUAGUGUUUGUGUAUCUUGUUUCUCAGCUAUUAAGAAUAAAUGAUUUAUCCCAGUGGA